AUGUCCAGCUCUCAAGCCAAGCGCCUCGCCGGCAAGACCAUCCUGAUCACGGGCGCCAGCUCGGGAAUCGGCAAGAGCACCGCUCUGGAGUUUGCGCGCACACAGCCGAAUGACUUGAAGCUCAUCCUCACAGCGCGUCGUGAGGACGCGCUGAAGGAAGUCAAGAAAGAGAUUGAGGGAUUUGCAAAGGGCGUCAAAGUUCAUGUUGUGAAACUCGACGUCAGCAAUGUCUCGGAGAUCGGGCAGUUCGUAGGCAACCUGCCUACCGAGUUCAAGGAAGUCGACGUCCUGGUGAACAAUGCCGGCCUCGUCAAGGGCGUCGAUAAGGCCCCAGAGAUCAAGGCAGAAGACAUCAACACUAUGUUUCAAACCAACGUCACAGGCCUCAUCGCAAUGACUCAGGCCAUCCUGCCCAUCUUCCUCGCCCGCGCGGAUGGCGGCCGUGGCGACAUCAUAAACAUUGGCUCCAUCGCCGGCCGCGAACCUUACCCAGGUGGUUCCAUUUACUGCGCUACCAAGGCGGCGGUGCGGAGCUUCACGGACGCGCUGCGCAAGGAGUUGAUCGCGAGCAGGGUCCGCAUCAUCGAGAUUGACCCAGGGCAAGUCGAGACAGAGUUCAGCGUGGUUAGAUUUGGUGGCGACAAAGAGAAGGCGAAGAAGGUCUACGAGGGCGUGGAGCCCUUGACGGGAGAUGAUAUUGCAGAGAUUGUCGUGUUCACGGCAGGGCGAAGGGAGAAUGUCGUCGUUGCGGACACACUUGUCUUCCCCAACCAUCAGGCUGCUGCGACGGUUAUGCACAGGAAGUCGACACUAUAG